AUGGCUGCCGGCGUGCCGCGGGCCAAGGGCGCUGUGCGGCAGGACUGGACGUGCAAGUCUUGCGCCAACAAGAGAGGGCGAGCGGUCGUCAACUGGGGGACGGCGCUCAAGUGUCAGGGCUGCAGGCUGCCCACAGCCACGUGUUUCUGGGCGAGCGUCCCGGUCCCUGCGGCGGCCAAGUCGAACACGAAGUCGGGCGCGGCGCCUGGCGGCGGCAGCGGCAAGGCCCCUCCCUGGGCUGGGCCGCCGCUCGCGGUGCAGUUGGCCCAGGCGCGGCGCGAGCUUGCGGACCUCAAGAAGCAGCUCAAGGCCGGUGGGCCUGCCUGCGCUGGCGGGCCGUUCGGCGGGGCGCAGGCCAUGGAGGUCGACGACGGCGAGGGCGCUGGUGCUGGCGACGCGGCGGUGCUCGCCGAGAUCCACAUGUGCGAGUUGGGCCUGCGCGCCAUCAAGGAUCAGACGGCGGACUGGGCCACGGCGCCGCGGGAGGAGCUGCGCGCCAGGCUGGAAACGGCCAAGGCGCGGCUCUUCGCCAGCAAGCCGCUCCACGCACGGACGCAUGCCAUCGCCAAUAGGGCCACGCAGGGCGCCGAACGCCUGGAGAAGGCGGAGGGCAACACACGUAAGGCGCAGGCGGCCUUGCGGCGGGCUGUGGAGGAGGUUGAGCGCGCGGAGAAGGUGCACGCCGACCUCCUGGAGCAGCAGGCGGCGCUGCAGGCCGAGCUGGCGCAGCUGCAGCAGCAGGCGCCCCAGGCUCCACCGCCGCGGCCUGCGGUCCAGGCCAUGGCGCAGGACGUCAUCGGCGGGCUCGGCAUCGCGGUGGGCGAGCUGGAGGCGCAGAAGCGCGUGGCAGCCGUGCUGGGCGAGCGCAUUGCGGAGUUGUGCAUGUCCAAGCGGGCGCGGCGCGAGGAGGCCCCCGCCGAGGAGCAGGCCAGCGCCAGCCAGGGCCCUGCCAGCGCCGCAGGAGUGGUGCGUGAGGGCGCAGGGCGGGGCGGGCGGUCCCAGCCAGCGCCCGAGGCAGCGGCGCCUGGAAGCGGCGGCGGCUCAGCCGCCGUGCCGCGUUGGCAGCCUGAGGAGGAGUCGGUGGAGCUGCUCCAGCAGCAAUUGCGGAAGCACGGCCUGGAGCUCGAUGGCGGCGAAGAGUCGGCCGUGCGUGCCCGCUGCGCUGCGCUGGCCAGCGGGGGCAUCGGCCUUGCUAGGAUCCUGCUGUUCCUCAGCACGUGGUUUGGCGCCAUGGCGAAGGGCAGCAUCUUCGCGGCAGACGUGGCGGCGGGGGGGUCCCUUGCACGAUGCGCCGAGGGCAUCUGCGAGCGGGCAGAGGCCGUGGCCCUCCUGGUCCAGGAGCACCGCGCCAGGGACCACGACAGGCUGGCUACCUUGCAGCAGGCCGCGCUGGACCACGGGUGCGCGGGGCUCUGGGCGCCAGCUGUUCAGGGGCCCCGUGGAGAGAGCCCCGUGCUCCUGGCCGCGCGACUGGCGGCCGCCCGCGUGCGCUGGGGAGUGGCGGGCGGGUUCGUCGCCAUCUCUGCGUACUUCCACGACAGUGUGGGGUGGAACGCGGACAACCAGCACGUGGCGGCCGUUCUAAUGAAGUAUCUGGCCAAGCUCAGCGCGGCUGGGAUCGACUGGAUCGUGGGCGGUGACUUCAACGUGGAGCCCGCGAAGUUUCCUGCGCAGCAGCUCCAUGGGGUCCGUGGGUCGUGGGCGGCGGCAGAGGAUGCCACCUGCAGGCCGCGUGAUGGGGCCUGGCCGACGCUGGGCGAUUUCCUCUUCGCAGCCAACCUCGCUCCGAGGCUUGGCAGGCCGCAGGUUGACGAGUGCGCCUGCCCGUCGCAAUGGAGUGGCGCGCGCAGCCGCGGCGUCGAGGACUGGCGCGGGCCCCUGGCCAAGGUGCGCGCAGCCGUCAGCCGAGAGCACCUCCCCGAGGCCUGGGGCGCGGUGGUGGCUACAGUCGAGCUGGAGCUUCUGGACUGUCGCGACGUCGUCGGGCACGACAGGGCCAAGUACGUCGGCAGGUCUGGCGAUCUGCAGACGACCAUCGCGGGCUCGGCACCUGAUGGGGUCGGGGCGUGCGUCGCCAAAGCGGUCCACCAACUCCGCGGCGCCGGCCUCCUCUGCCCGCUGUUCGACGCCCAGUUUGACGUGCUGACGGGGUUCCUGCUGGAGGCGGCGGCGUGCCUCGACGAGAUCAUCUCCAGCCGCGGCGCGCUGGCGCUGCUGCCGCACUGGGUGCAGGUCUUCUUCGGCCAGCGGAUGUUGAUGUUCGCGCGGGCCGAUUUCGCGGGCCAGGUCUGGCGGUGCCAUGGGCUGCAGCAGCCGCGCAGGCCUGCGGGCACUGAGGAGUGGGAUGCGCUGCCCGGACUCACCGUCGACAAGAUGAAGAGGGCUGCGCUCUCAUUCCCCGCGAGCACGGCGAUGGGGCCUGCCAAGAUAGGCAUGCGUGCCCUGUCCUGCCUGUCCGAGGACGGCAUGUAUGUUUGCGCGCAGCUCUUCAUGCGAAUAGAGAAGUUGGGCGCGUGGGCGCGGGCGGACAUCUCCAAGGGCUGGCUCGCGCAGCACCCCAGCGUCGACAUAUGGGGGCUCGGCGCGGGCAGGUCGUCGUCUGAUGCAGCGUUCGACCUGAACCUCGAGACCGAAGUAGCGGUCGCGUUGGAGGAGCAGGUGGUCACCGUGUUCCCGGUCGCCUGGAAAUUCUAUCAGACGGUGAUCCCCGAGGCCCUGAUCCAGGAGGCGCGGCUGCUCAAGAUGCCGCUGCCGCUGGUCUGGCUUUUGGUGGAGCUGCGCAGGCAGCCCGGGCGGCUGCAAGCGUUCGUCUCGGCGUCGUACGAGGUUGUGUCCUACCGAGGGGUGCUGGCUGGACGCGCGCGCGCGUGCGCGCUCGUGUCGGUGCUGAUGUGCCGCGUGCUGGGGCGGGCGCGCUGCGCGGGCCUCACUCCCAGGGCCCUCGUGGACGACGUCACCCUUCAGUGGGUCAGGGCCGCGGGCAGCGACGUCAGCGUCGCUUGGGCCGCGGUCACGCGCUUCCGCGAGGAGGCCAAGCACUUGGGCAUCAUCGUGCAGCCCGCCAAGUCUGGCUACGUGACCUCGUCCAAGGGCCUUGGCGCAGAGAGCAGGAAGCACGCGGGUUCCCGCGGCUUGCAGCUGCUGCACUGGACUCGCAAUCUAGGGCAUGACCUUGGAGGAGGCAGGAUCCAGCGACUGCAGGCCAAGCUGCGGCUGAAGGCGCCGGCGCGGCGGCGCGGGCGCCUGGCGGCGCUGAAGCGUGCUGCUGGCCGCAAGGUCGCCGUGCUGUGGCGCCCGUCGGGCGCGACGAUCUACCUGGCCACGCUGCGCAGCGCGAGGUUUGAUCCAGUCUACGAGGCGACGGUGGCGCUCGUGGUCAGGUACUCCAGCUGGAUCUGGGAGCAGAGGACAUUGCUGGGCAGGCUUCAGCGAGCCUGGGCCUCCAUCACUUUGCGGCUGGUCGAGAAGCCGACAUGGGGGAUGGCGCGCGGCCUGGUCGCCUCGACGACGCUCGCGCUCUGGGGGAUCGGCUGGUUCAUGUGGUCUACCCUGGUGCUGGUCACUGACGAGGAGCAGCACAUCAACAUGCUCGCCACCUCGCCGUCGGACCUCAAGGCGGAAGCCCUUGGUCACAGGCUGUACGAUUGCGAGGCCCUGCUGUGCGCGUCGUCUGAAGAGCAGGACGUCCUCCCUCACCGACUGCAGCAGACAUGGGCCACUAUGCGUGACACGGGCCUGCAGGCAGGCGCCGUGGAUGUCGCGGACUUCAGCGGGUUCGCGCCUGAGGUCGGGCUCCCCGUGCUGCCGCCGCGCGCGCCGCCUGCGGCCGACGAGGCGGAGGUCGCCGAGCUCCUGGAGCAGCAGGCGCGAUUCGUGGCCACUGACCUGCUGGCGCUGGCCCAGGGGGCUAGCUGCUGGGGGCCAGAGCUCGAGCGAACCCAGGCGGUGCGCGCCACGGUGUGGAAGCACCUGCGGCAGCAGCCAUGCCGCCCCGAAGUGCACACGGAGUUCUACGCCAUCGAGGUGGGGUACUUCAAGCAGGUGGCGGACUGCAUCGGAUGGGCCAUGCAGCGCUGCCUGGCCAUCGGGGAUUGGGCCCCCGUGGUGCGCUACGCGCCCGCGGCGCCGCCGCCGCCCGCGCCGAAGCUGACGGUGGCGGAGCAUUCCCUGGUGCGCGCGCAGGGCAAGCGCGGGGCGCCGUGCGUCGAGCGCGGGCGCCGAUCCCAUGCUGAGGCAGGUGCGGCGGCGCCGCAGUUCAUCGGGUCGAGCUGUAUGCCGACGCCACUGGCACGCCUCGAGGCGGCGGCAGAGGUGGCGCAUUUCGGCGCGGGGCCAUGCUGGAUGGGUGACGCUGAGGUCCUGGAGGCCGAGGCGCUGCAGCCGUGCGACGGUGGCAGGCCCUGCAAGCUGGCGCAGAGGCCGAACCCUUGGGUGCAUGAGGGUGACGCCUGUGGCGUGGUGCUGCACGUCGGGCAUCGGCUGCGGCGCGCGGGGCCCACCAUCUUCUGCGGGGUCUGCGUCGCGUGGAUGCAGGGGUGCCGCCUGCGCACCUGCGUCAGCAACCUGGCGGCCAGGAGGGACAGGACCGACGAGGCGGUCGUGGCCCAGGGCUCUGUGGAGGCCCCGCUGGCGGACGCGCAGGGGGCCGCGACACGCGGGUCCCCCGCAUCGCCGCGUGGCGGGCGCACGGAGGAGGCCCGGCUGGCGGAUGCGCAGGAGACCGCGACACGCGGGGCCCCCGCGGUGCUGCGAGGCGGGCGCGCGGUGGAGGCCCCGCUGGCGGGCGGGCAGAGCACCGCGACGCUCGGGGCUCCUGUGCCGCCGAGGGGCGGGCGCACGGAGGCCAGCCGCCUGCUUGCGGAGGUCGCGGCGCGCCGCAGCGCUUGCGCGGCGCCAGCGCCGUCCUGGCAGGAGCGGCUGGAGGUGCUGCGGCGGCGCGUGGCGGCGCGCGAGGCUGGCCUGGCGCGCGGUGCCGCUGGUGGGGCUGGCAGCGUUCCCAAGGCGCAGGGGUGCGCUGUUGGGGGCCGCGCCGUGUCAUGGGCAGUGCGGAGGCAGGCGCUGCUGCGGCGGCUCCGUGCGCGGGCCGAGCGGCUCUGCGGCGGCGCUGGGGCGCCCCCCAGGGCGGCGCCCGCGGGCCUUGCCGCGCGGCUGCGGCGGCGCGGCAUCCGCGUGGCGCGGCCGCCGCCCAGGGCGGCCCUGCCGCAGCGGCCGCCGCGGCCGCUGGCCCCGGAGCGCAGGCUGGACCGCUGGGGGCCGCGGUGGACCGAGCCGCUGCUCGACGCCGGCAGCGCGGCCAGCGACUGGCUCGACCACUGCGCCCCGUACGUGGAGGCGGUCUUCGACCAGCCCAGGUGGCGGCGGUUCCCCAGGGCGAUGGGCAGCGCGGCUCGGCAGCUGGCGGAGGCGUGGUGCCGCCGCGCCUGGAGCCGCGGCGCGAGGCUGCGCGGUGCCUGCGCCAGGUAUCGCUCGGGCCUCACGCUAAGCCAGCGGUGCGUCACCGGCGGCGUGCGGAGGUGCGAGGUGUAUUGCCUCCGCAGCUGGCUGGCGGCGCCUGCGGGCCUGCCGCCUGCGUUGGGCUGGGCUCGGGCGAUGCGCCGCAGGCCGCGGCCUGGGGCGGCGGCGGCGCCUCGCGAGAGCCAGGGCCGCCUCGGCGCGCAGGCGGAUUCGCAGGGGCACAGCGGCGGCGAGGGCAGCGACGCGGGCGAGGGCGUUGCACCAGUGGACAACACCAACCGGUUGGAAUUGAGCCCGCCCUUCCUGGGGGAGGUCUUCGCAAACGGCGGCAACGUUGGCCUAGAGCGGCUCCUCAGCGGUCACCGCACGCUGCAGCAGGCCCACGCGCGUCGACAGCUCGCAUGCCAGCUACAACAACCAGACUGCGGCAGGUGCAACGAAGAGGGCGAGGCCAAGGAGCGUCAGCAGAACCUCCUGGCGACGCUAGGCAGGAUCGCCAAGGGGGCCCUGGUGGGCCCAGCCACUUGCCACCAGGUCGCUGAAGAAGUCAGGGGCGCAGCCAAUUACCUCACCAAGGCGGUGAAGAGAGCGCACACCCACUGGGUGCACGACGCCGCGGCAGGCAGCGCCAAGAUGGCCCACGCCUACACCGAGGCAGCGGAGCGCAGCCACAUCGAGGACAUCCUAGAGCACGAGGGCCAGGUGGUCUCGCACCCGCAGCGGCUGGUGGACCUGCGCAAGGGCGCGUGGCAGAGAAUAUGGACGCGUGAUGCGCGCAAGGCAGACCAGAUCCAGGGCGCGCUGGGCAAGCUGAGGACGGCAGCAUUAGAGCAAGAGAAUGCGCUCGAGCCACUCGGCAAGGACGUCGUCGGCUCCGCCAUCCAGCACCUGAGGCGCAAUGCGGGCCAGGGAGCUGAUUGGUGGAGAGCGCCAGAACUAAAGGCUAUGGGCGCCCAGGGGCUCAUGGAUUUCGCGCAGUGCCUCCGCAACUGCGAGGAGCGAGCGGCGUGGCCAUGGCAGUUCCACUUGGUGCUGGAGCUGCUGCUGGGCAAAAAGCCAGGCAUAGGAGGAGAGCGACCCAUUGGCCUAAUGCCCAUGCCCUACCGCAUCUGGAGUGCGGCCAGACGGCCCAUCAUCGCCACCUGGAGCAAGGAGGCAGCAGGCUUCUGGGACACGGCAGUGGCAGGCUCCUCAGCGCUCAGAGUGGCGACGCACAGGCUGAUGAGGGCAGAGGCGGCAGUGCAAAUGGGCUUCCAUGCAGCAGGCACCUUCUACGAUGCAGCCAACUUCUUUGACGACAUAGGCCUCGACCAGCUGAUCGAGAAGGCCAGCGACCUCAACUACCCCCUGCUGCCCCUGGCCAUGGCAGCACAGAUGUACCUGGCGCCGAGGGCCAUCAUGGCCCACAGCCUCUUCUCCGACAUCUUCGAGCCGGCCAACAGCAUGGCGGCAGGUUGUGGCCAGGCCGUGGACCUCACGAGGCCGCUCCUCUACGACAUCUUGGAGGCAGCGCACGCGAACUACAUCUACGUGGUGAUCCAGCAGUAUCUGGACGACCUGGCCCUGCAGAUCGAAGGGGCAAGAAAGCAGGUCAUAGAGCAGGUGAGGUACGUGGCCGCCUUGGUGCAUCAGGGCUUCGCGAGGCUCUCCAUCCCGAUCUCCUUCAAGACUGCAGUCGUGGCCUCCGACAAAGACCUUCAGCAGGAGAUCGCCACCAUCCUGGAUGGCCUGGGCACCCCGAACAAGCAGCCAGGAGUGGUCCGAGACCUGGGCGUGGAUACGGGGCUGGGCAAGCAGCUGAAGCGGCCCACCCAUGCAGCCAGACAGGCGAAAGCAAAGCAGCGCAUAGAAAAGCUCAAGGACCUAGCUAAGUCGGACGCCAGAGGGGCAGCCAAGGUAUACGCAGCGGGUGCCUACUGCCAACAAGCCUGGGACCUGCCAGCGCACGGCGUCACCCCCACGGAGGCGAUCAUGGUCAGGGCCGCAGAAGCAGCGCUGCUCACAGGAGGGCACAAAGCAGGCAGAUGCACAGCCGCCAUACUCCUCAUCCAGAGGGGCGCGCAGGAGGCGGUCACCAGGGCCAUCGUGGACCAAGUCAAGCAGUUUUGGCUCACCAUUGUGGACCACCCGUCGGAGCUCAAGAGGUACCAGAGAGGCUGGCACUUGCUGUAUGGCAAGCUGCAUGCCCUGGAGCCCAACAGGAGGUGGGACCAGGUAAAGGGCCCCAUGGCAGGAGUCAUCGUGCAGCUGCUGGGGCUGGGACUGAAGGAAGGGGGCGACCUCUACCAGCUGCAAAGACACCUGAGGAGGAGGCGACGCAAAGGGCAACACGCUGAGGCGGCCAUGCUGGAGACCAUCGCAGCGGCAGGCAUUUGGACGCGGGAGCGGCGCAGAGCAGCGGACCCCAACCAGGAAGGGGAAGACACAUGCGCUAGGUGCGGAGCGGCCAGCGAGACGGAGAAGCACCGCUACUACGCCUGCCCCGCGAACGAAGAGAUCGGCUACAGCAACGACACAGAGCUAGUCAAGAAGGCCAAGGACGCGCUCGACCAGCAGCAGGACGAGCACUUCUGGCUCAGAGGGAUCCCGCCAGCAGCACGGGCAGUAAAAGUUGACCCAGAUGAAGAUGUCAAGAAGGCGGCACACAUCUUCUGCACCAGCGCGGCGGCUCAAGCAGCAGUGCAGAGGUGCGGCCAGGACGGCCUGCCCCAGGAGGUGGCAGCGUGGCGCGGCACGAUAAGGGCGCCGCACACGGUGCCACGGGCGGAGCUCACGGCCAUGAGCAUGGCGAUCGGCUACACGACGGCGGCCUCAGUAUGGGGGCUCAACAUCGCCAGCGAUUGCAAGUUCGCCCUGGACGCCCUCAAGCAGAUCCAAGACCCAGAUGACCUCGAUUACAGGAGCACCAAUUUCGACCUCUGGCCCAUGGCCAAGCGGCAACUCCAGAACAGCACCGACCACAUCAUGGGCCACCACAUCCCCAGCCACAUGAUCGAGCACCCGGCGGAGCUGGAAAGGUGGACAGGGCCAGCGUGGUGGGUCAUAGGCAACGAGAUGGCAGACACGUGCGCAGGCUGGGGAGCGGAGCACGGAGCGCUGGACCCAGCCAUAAUUGCGCAGCAGCAGAUCAGGGACCAGAUCACGGUGUCAGUCCAGAACAGGCUGCUGGGCAUCAGUAUGGUGGUGAUGGUUGAGGAUCCCAAUAAGGUGGCUCAGCGGUCAAAGACCAAGCGCAAAAGGCUCGACUUCAAGACAGUGCAGAUCGGCACGCGGGUCGUCCACGACACCCACAAGACGCAGCUCGCGCAGGGCUGGCUCUGGUGCGAGAAGUGUGGGGCCACAAGUUACCUUGGGAACCACAAGAGCCGAAUCGUUGCAGGCGUUGCUCGCAAGCUGGCCAAGCCAUGUGUCCCGCCCACCGCAGCGGGGCGCAGAGUCAUUAUGGACCUGCAGAAGGGGAGGCUGCCGCGAAGAGCAACACAUGACGAGGACCAAGCGGCAGCUGCGCCACCAGAGGAGGUCAAGGCUGCGGGUUUCAACCCAAAGGUGAGCAGCGCAGAGGUGAUCGAUCUGGACGGAGAAAGCUCGGAAGCAGAGGCACCGCGGCAAGCUCAGCCACCAACGCCAAGGCAUCCCCACCCAGCAGCCCAGGCGAGCUGGCAGCUUGUGGACCACAUGGCGGGCUGCGCGGAGCAGUGGAUGAACAUGGUGGACCAGGAUGCGUGGGAGGACAAGGACGACUGGAUGGAGCACAGUGUCCCGUACCUGCAAGCCGCCACCACAAGAAGUAG